AUGAACCGACGAGCGGUCAUGUCCAGCCAGCAAGAAACAAGACGCAAUAAUCAAAAGCGAUCAUCUCGACUGAUUGGCUUGGACUGUUGCUGUCUUCAUUCUAAUUGUAACAAUAAGAGUUACGAUCAACGAGUUGCACAACAGGCCGAGGUCGUCGCCAGUGAUUUGCAUCGGGCCGGCGAGUACACCGAUGUCGUUGCGUGACCGGCCGGACUUGAACGACUUAAUCCGUCAUAUCAAUCCCCCAAUCCUCGCUUGAUCCGAGAAGCAACAAUACACUCCUCAAGAAAAAUAUUGUCCAGUCCGUGCGAUCCCACUCAAUAGACAUAAACAUUAGCUCAGAGUGCAAUAAAUGAUUGCAGCAUCGGGAUGGGAUCGCGCAAAAAAAAGAAUCUCCUCACCGAGGUCAGUCAUAACGAAAAACCACUUCAUUAUGUUGGCUCCAUUCAAAGAUACCGGGGUAAUGCCAAGAUGAGUGAGCAACGACUGCCACCUGCCAGGACCAGUUGUGUCACUGUAACAGCGCUGAUCCCAUUAACCUCAUUAUUACUUUCGGUUAACUUUUUGAAAGAUUUUUCAUAACGAAAAAAAGGUUUGAAGUGUAUCCGCUUUGCAAUAAAUUGAUAUUUUUAUAAAGUUCCAAAAAGAAGGAUAUCUGUUCGAAGUUAGCAAAACUAGAAAUUUUCCUUUCUUAAAUUUUUUUCUGAUAAACGCAUUAUCAUUUCUGAACCGCUUUUAUUAGUUAUAAUUAUAUGUUGUUAAGAUUUCGCGGGAAGCGACGCGGCUGGUCGGCAUAUCUUGGGGAACUCUGGAAGUGUCAAACACAUGUUGUUCGCGCCUUCUUCUCCUGGACGUGUUGCACGUGGGCAAAUCCUGUUGUACACGACCUUGGAAUCAGAGGCGAGACCAGGAAAUGUGGUCAGAACCGAAGGUUGAUUUUACUUCGUCUUUUUGACUCCAAGGAAAUUGUUACAAAAAGAAAAUUUUUUGGAGUUUUGAAAAAAGUUGUGAGUGGAUAAAGAAAGGAGAAAGAAGAAACGCCGCAAAACAGACAUUCUGUAGACAGAAAAACGGAGAAGUCGCUGACCCUUUGGCCAGAACAAUCAUCAUCAUUGCCAAGGAUCGUUUUCGGGAUAAAUGAGAGGUCCGAAUAUCAGCUGUCGCCAGGCAUCACUGAGCUGACCCCGGUUGACACCUUGCGCGACAACUACCUCCCUACCGCUAAAUGCUUCCGGUCCUCAUUCAUCAGGUUCUUUUUCGGUAUACUUUAUCUUAUAUGGAAAAUUCGAAGAAAUAAGGUAUCAAGUCAUUCGUAGUGGUCCCAAGAAGGUUCCCAAUAAUGAAGAAUUAGCUUUAAAAUGUAAUAGAAAAGUGAAAUAAAAAAAGAAGUUGAAUAUGAAGCGUAUCGGCUUUUUGCGCAGAAAAUUAGAAGUAUUGAAAAAAAAAACCGUAGCCAGGACAUUAAACCAAGGCUCUUAAGCGAAUUUUUUCGUACCAUUGAUUUCCUGACGAGCUCGUAAUAGGAAAGCGCACUCUUCAUAUUUUGAAAAGAACCUUGUUCAUUUUCUAAUUCUCAUAAAUUUGAAAUUGAAUAAUUUACGACUUCUACUGGAAAAUUUUGCUAACAAGGAAAUAAUAAACUAAACAAGAGGAGAAGAAGAAUUUCUAAGAAGGAAAAAGUGAGAUUUUAUAUAAUGGCUUUUCUUUGAUAAUGUAACAGUUGUCCCAGCUAAAAUAGCUGCAGAAAAACUACGGUAAGAAAGAAAGGUAUGAAAAACAACGUCUAAACCGCUGUCAGGCCAGCAGAGCACUUUCAUGAUGAGUGUUGGAAUUCGAUACUACCACAGAGAACAGGGACGUGUAUAUGUUUUGUAGAGCGUGACCAUUCUCCGAUUGCCUUUUUUGCUAAAUAAUGAACGGAAGUUCGAGGGAGUACUCUCUUUCUCUUUAAUAGGGUUUACAUGUGUUUCAAGGCUUUCUCGACGCAAAGUUUUUGUCAUUCGAUUUUCUCCUUCUCACAAGUCGAGAAAAUGGCCUCCAUGGACGCCAAAAUGAAGUGUCCUCUAGGAGAUAUCAGAUUGCGAAUGGAUAGUGUCUUCAAACACGACGACAACAGCUCCCGCUCCGUCAUCGAUAUCUUCAUCCGGUCCACAACCAUUUCGCACGUCUUCUUUGCCUCUCACAUCAUUCUACCAACUUCCGAUUGGUGA